CAACAUGGCGCCGCGGGAGGCGGGUCCCGCUCGUUGGCUCCCGGGGUUCCGGCGCCGCGCGUUUUGGUUCCGGAGUAACAGUGUCGCCGCCGCCUUCCUCCUCCUCCUCUUGCCGCUACCGCCGUCGCCGCCGCCGCCGCUGCUGCCGCCGCCGGUCCGCGCGGCCUCGGGUGGCCGGAGCUCAGCCUGCGCGCGCCGCGCCCUGUGUCUCCGGGUGGGGCAGAAGACUCGCCCCUUGACCCUCCCGUGGGGACUCUCCAUAGUGUGGCGGCCCUGGGGCUCUUUCUUAAUAGCCCCAGACUGAGUCCCUCCAGUCGAGGACCCUCUCCUAGUCCACUGACGAGCGGUGGACACCUGCCGCUGUAUCUCCCGCAAACCGAGUCCUUGCCCUGCCGCCUCCUCACACCCACACGGCGGCAGAGAGCUUCACCAUAGCGUUCGCUCAACUCCAGAACCUUCCGACCUCAGCUAGUUCCUGCGGGCCUCUGCCCGCUUCCCGGUGCACCCUCCCCGGGAGACACCUCAGACCCCCGACAGCCUGGGCAGGCUCGGUGCCUGCGGGUGCGUGCCUGAUCACCCCUCCCCUCUUCCCACCCCCUCAUCCGCCAGUCCCUUGUUUUCACCCUCUGUCCUCUGCCCCUCACUCCCCUUGUCACCUCUUGGAACCUCUUCCUAACCAGCGGCCAGUGGGUAUCCCCUACCCAAGGAUGUGAGCCUCUUUAACCUGUAAUGCUGUGGCUAGCCCUUGGCCCUUUUCCUGCCAUGGAGAACCAGGUGCUGGUAAUUCGCAUCAAGAUCCCAAAUAGUGGCGCGGUGGACUGGACAGUGCACUCUGGGCCGCAGUUACUCUUCAGGGAUGUACUGGAUGUGAUAGGCCAGGUUCUGCCUGAAGCAACAACUACAGCAUUUGAAUAUGAAGAUGAAGAUGGUGAUCGAAUUACAGUGAGAAGUGAUGAGGAAAUGAAGGCAAUGCUGUCGUAUUAUUAUUCCACAGUAAUGGAACAGCAAGUAAAUGGACAGUUAAUAGAGCCUCUGCAGAUAUUUCCAAGAGCCUGCAAGCCUCCUGGGGAACGGAACAUACAUGGCCUGAAGGUGAAUACUCGGGCCGGACCCUCUCAACACAGCAGCCCAGCAGUCUCAGAUUCACUUCCAAGCAAUAGCUUAAAGAAGUCUUCUGCUGAACUGAAAAAAAUAUUAGCCAAUGGCCAGAUGAAUGAACAAGACAUACGGUAUCGGGACACUCUUGGUCAUGGCAACGGAGGCACAGUCUACAAAGCAUAUCAUGUCCCCAGUGGGAAAAUAUUAGCUGUAAAGGUCAUACUACUAGAUAUUACACUGGAACUUCAGAAGCAAAUUAUGUCUGAAUUGGAAAUUCUUUAUAAGUGUGAUUCAUCAUAUAUCAUUGGAUUUUAUGGAGCAUUUUUUGUAGAAAAUAGGAUUUCAAUAUGUACAGAAUUCAUGGAUGGGGGAUCUUUGGAUGUAUAUAGGAAAAUGCCAGAACACGUCCUUGGAAGAAUUGCAGUAGCAGUUGUUAAAGGCCUUACUUAUUUGUGGAGUUUAAAGAUUUUACAUAGAGAUGUGAAGCCCUCCAAUAUGCUAGUAAACACAAGAGGACAGGUCAAGCUGUGUGAUUUUGGAGUUAGCACUCAGCUGGUGAAUUCUAUAGCCAAGACGUAUGUUGGAACAAAUGCUUAUAUGGCGCCUGAAAGGAUUUCAGGGGAGCAGUAUGGAAUUCAUUCUGAUGUCUGGAGCUUAGGAAUCUCUUUUAUGGAGCUUGCUCUUGGGAGGUUUCCAUAUCCUCAGAUUCAGAAAAACCAGGGAUCUUUAAUGCCUCUCCAGCUUCUGCAGUGCAUUGUUGAUGAGAACAAGAAGAAAGAAAUAAGAGACAAAGUAAAGAUACACGAUUCGCCCGUCCUUCCAGUUGGAGAGUUCUCGGAGCCGUUUGUACAUUUCAUCACUCAGUGUAUGCGAAAACAGCCAAAAGAAAGGCCAGCACCUGAAGAAUUGAUGCAUGCACUUCGGCUGUGGUAAAAGUACGUAUCACAUACAUAUUAAAAACAUAUACCCAUUCUAUCUGUAUGUAAAUGUGUGAGGCACAGCUGGAUAUUGCAGAGGAGUUUGAUUUACUAAUAGUUAUUAUCUGUUCUAGCUGUUCAGUGGCAGAGAGAAUUUCAGAGAAACAAGCUGGCGAAGAAAUUGUCUUUAUGCUAUUACUAUACUGCUUUAGUAAUUGUUUAAAAACAUGGGUUUUCUCCUUAGGUUCUAGUAAUGCCUGUUAUUUUGUGCAUUUCCUUGUACAUUCCAGAGUAGGGCAUCCUUUAAAGGCAUUUAGCAUUUCCUCAGGUUUGGUUUUCAAUCCAGGCACCUAAAAAGAAACACAGGAUGCAGUUUGCAAUUGAAAUUUGACAUUUUGCUUAGAAAGCAAGUAAAUAGUGGCAUUGGAAAUACACCAAGCUGGCGUGGGUCCAGAAGGCGGGGUAUCAGUUAAAAUCAGAAUAGUACUUUUGGAUUUUUUUCCUUCAUGUCAUCCUAGCAGCUGCAAACUUGAAGACAUCUCAUUUCUCAGCUAAGGCUUUAUGUGUAAGAGGUGGUAAUGUUUUGGGGCUAAUAAACACCCAACUGCUCUAGAAAAAUCUGUUUAAACAUUUAAUUACUUGCUAAGAGAUGUUAACUUAACUCCUCUAAAUUAAAUUGUCACUAGUAGCUUUUCUGCUUUUCCAAACCUGAUUGUAAUUACAUUUUCAGAUAGUAUGGAUGGUUGUUCUCUCAAUUAAUCAAGGUAUAUGAUAAAUUGCACAUCUGCAUGGUCCUUUUAAAAAUCCGGGUAACCAUGAUGUUAGAUUUUUGUCUGUCCAGCACUCAAAUUCCAGUGUGACUUUGGGCUUCACACCAAAUGACUUUGUUUCUUUAUUAGACCCAAAUCUUCUGACCGCUAUAAAAGACAAAAUGCACUGGACAAUUAAGAAGGUGAUUUUAUUUAGGCUAUUGAAGUAGGGAGAGUGUUUAUUACUGAGGAAUGGCUCAAAGAAAAGGGAGGGUUCUGAGGUCUUAUGAAGGCAGGUAAACAAGGGGGUCACCAGCAAGUCUUAGGGAAGUCAUGAGGAAAGAUGGAAAAGGAUCUUACCUCUGUGGGAGCAGCAUGAUCCUUUGUGGUUAGCAGAAGGGUAGGGGGAUUUCUUAUCUGUUACUGCUUACUAGAAACAUGGGGCUCAGAUCAAUUCGAAAUAAUCACCACAUUCUACUAAAUGUGCCAAAGAUAAGUUUUGGUUUAUUUUGAUCUGGGGCUUACCUGUGCCCUGAGCACAAAUAUGAAGAAAGGUGCAUUUCCAUAGCCCCCUUAGAAAGUGCUUAUCCACCCUGUGCUUGCAAAAAUCUAAGCUUUUUAAAAUACUAAUGAUGGUUAAUAAAUUGUGAACUUGAAUGUAGUUCACUACAGAUGGCUAUUACCUGUGUCAUAUGGAGUGUGUUUUAAAAUGAACCUUUAGGGCCUGACUCCUAAUGUGUCUGGCCACUCAUUCUUGUAAACAUCAUUUUGUUUUCAGUUGUUCAUUUGGAGGUAGCUCAUUAGCUAUGCCACCCAGAAUUUGCAGUGAGAAAUACUGGCUGGGAUUGUAACUUCAACUGAAUAUUUCCAUCAUGCACAAAAGUCAUCACAACAGCAAGGGGGCCCCACGUAGGGUCCAGCUGACAACCAUGGGAUUUUUUUUUUAAGUUCUGAAGGCCAUUAAAAUCAUCUGUUUGUGUCUGCUUAUAAAGAGGAACCCACUAGUAAAGAAGUUGAUUUUAGCUUUUUAAUUGCACAUAAUUACAACGGCAGAAUCACUGUCUGGAUACUUGAGAUCGCACUAAAUCAGACAGCUUUAAUUUGAAUUUUUGAUGACACAUUAGCACUUCAGCAAGAACAGAGAGAUUAUAACCCUAAGAAAACAGGCUUUGUUUUUCCAUAGAUGUGACCACUUAAUCUUUUCACAAGACUUUAGCAGAUAAAUAUGUGUGUGUAUGUAUAUGUCUUUAUAUACAUGCACAUAGCAAGCAAGAUAUAGAUAAAGUCUGUCAUUCCUUGAUCAUGGUGAUCUGACAGUUUUAAUUUCCCAGUUAAGCAUAACUUUUUUCCUCCAUCAGUCAAGUCAGAUCUCUUAGUACAGUGAUGACUUGCCUGUUUAAGAUUGUAGUUAUUUGAACUCAUGUCUGUAAUGCCUCUUUCGUGUUUUAUUGGACUAUCAUCUUCCCAGUACCUUGUUUCAAGGCACAGUGAAGCUGUGUAGCCUUCAUUGAACACAGGAAGAGUUUGGUUAUCUUGGAUGCAGUAAAGUGGAUCAGUCGGGCUGCUCUUCAGUGCCAUGCCAGAUUCGCGGCAGCUCGCGGCAGUGGGGAGGCUAAGGGGGGUCUUUAAAGUACGUUACACAUUAGUUCCUCAUUGGCCAUGACUCAGCUCAUUAGAAGUUUCUGUUAUUUGAGUGGUGCCCUCAGCCUAAAGGAACCUCCUCUCCCCUCCCUUGGAAGGUCUUGGUCCUCCUCCCUGCGGCUUUUCCCUACUCUUCGCCUUCACAGUUGUGUGCUCCCUUCUCUGAAGCCCUUCAGCAUGUAUUGUGUCUAGGUUGGAGCAGCAUCUAAUUAUAUCUUCAUCUUAUGGCCACAAGUUAGUCCAUGUAGUACAGCGGCUCUCAACCCUAGCAGCUCAUCAGAGUCACCUCAGAGGUUUAAAAGGCAAAACAAAAAAAUGCCUGGAUCCCAACCCGGAUCAAAGAAGCUCUGGCCAGGAAGCAGGUAAUUUUUUUUUUUUUUUUAACCUUUAAAGCUCUCUAGGUGAUUACAAGGACAGCCAGAGGGGAAACUCACUGGUUUAAUACCUUUUUUCUUCCACUAGAUUGUAAGUUCCUUGAAGGAGGAUCAUGAUCUUAUAAUUCAGUGCCUAUCCUAGUCUGCUGUCAUUUAGGCAAAACAGUGUUGGUUGUACAUGCUAUUCUCUCUAAUCCAAUCCAGUAAAACACUGUACAGAUAAAGUAAACACUGAACAGAUAAAGACAAACAAGACAUAUAUCUGGUUCUCCAGGAACUCAGAGUAAAGCUGAAGAAACUAAUCCAAGAACAAGCAAUCCCUGGACAUUACAGUAUGCAGUGUAGAUUAGGGUGGCCACACUAGAAUAUGUGGCCAGAUAAAAAAGGUUUUUGUUUGACUUCAUGCUAGGAGAGAUCAUCGGAGUUAGAAAAUUUGGUGCCAAAAUAAUAAAAUUUCUAGGAUAUUGCAAUAUUUGAAUAUUGAAUGUUUGAAUACAGGGAUAAUAUUCAAAACAUUUAACAACCAGUAUAGCAUGAGGAUUACCAAUCAGAACCAGCUCCAGGGUUUAGCCAUCCCACUCUGGAUGUAUGGGCAGAGCUAGGAGGUGCUAACCAGGUGGUGAUAGGCAGCACGUAUGAUCUUUGGCAUGCAUUCUGACCACUUGAGAAUUUACCUCAAGCAAGUAACUCCACAUCCAGAGGUUAUUAGAGAGCCAAAACCUAGAGGAGACCUCCUGGCUAGCACCAUCUUUGCCUGUUAGAUUGAUGACAGGGGACCCGAAGGUUUUUAUCUGUCUGCACAUCAGAUGCAUGCCACCCACUCCCCAGCUCUUGGGAAUAACGGAUUCAGUUGAAAAAGACCAGAGACAUUCAGCCGUUUGUGGGAGAAAUAUAAAAGGAUCCCAAAACUAGUCCCUGGGAUUUGGGAAUUGCUGUUGAAGGUAGCAAAGUUGUUUUCCUGUGAGUACACACCGAUAAAUAGAUGCAGUUCUUAUCAAUUAUUAACCAGUCUAACCAGGAAUUUUACGAGCUGGGGAAAAUAUUAGAAAGCUCCUAUUUACAGUUGUACCAGCUGGAUUUGUUUAAUGGGUUGUUUGCUUUUUAAUUUGUAGCAGUUUUGAGAGAGACCUUUGGGAAUUAUGAGGCUUGUGAUUUCAGAUACGGAGUUAUUUGAGGGGCAAAAUCUGCCUGCAGAUAAUUUGAGGUUCACUUGGCCAUUUAGAGACUACAGAAAGGCAGUGGAGACGUUUGGGCCUACCAUCCUCUAUUUAAUUUUCAAGAUUAGAAUUAAACAUUAGGCCUUGGUCUACUGAGAGACAUUUGCUGGAGCGUGGACUAGUUUCUUUCCAGUAUCCUGGUUUACCGUUUCUCUGUUCUCUUCAUAUAAAUGGUCACUGAUUCUGAAGUAGGAGAAUAGGUACCAUUCAUUUAUUUGUGCAAAGGUUCCCUUGACACAAAUGAAAAUGGAAUUUUCAAAUGUAACCCGAUUAACUCUUAAUUGUUAGCCUGUGUGUGUCUUAGCUUCCUCAGAAGGCUUCUGAAUGGCCUGCAUCUCUUUCUAAAUUUGAGGGGGAGGGGGAUUCAAUUAAUAGCACGACUUUCUAAUUGUGGGAUUGGUGUGGAGUUGACAAAAAUUUGUAUAAAUAGGGUACAUUUUUUCCACUUAAGAGGGCUGUGCUGAAACAUUUUUAAUUGGAUUUUCAUGGUGAUUGACAGCAUUUGAUUAUGACAGUAACUUUAUUUGGCUGGACUGCUUUAGCCUCUUGUUCAGAUUUUUCCAUCAAAGCUCUUUUUUCUCCUCUGAAUCCCCAGUGGAGCAGCAGUCAUUGUGGAAGAGCCUUUUAGCACCUUUGUUGUCGCCAUCCCUGGUGAUGAUUGGGCCCAGCUGGUAGUAGAUAAGAAAAUGUUCCUUUCACAAAGAGGCAGUGUCUCCCGCCUCUGCAGUUUCAAUAAUUUUAAGAGCCCCCCAAACCUGUUGAGGAUUAGAAGUAGCUUUAGAUGUGAAAUGAGUGUUAAGUAUUAGUAAUCGGGAGAUUAGGGCCCCAGGGACAAUGAGAGAUAAACAACUGCAAUUAAGGCAAAUCUGCCGAUGUAAACAAAAUUUAGCAGAAACAGAUGCCCUAACCAUUUUGGGGGAUUGAUUUGAGGGCACCGAGGAAUCGAUUUUUGUCUUGUUUACACUUUCAAACCCCUGUGAUAUACUGGAAGGCUAAAUAUUUCAUACAGCCUGAUUUUAGUUAAUUUUUUUUUUCAGCGCCUCACAGUAGGCGCCUCUCUUCUCACAGUGACCAGGCCUGAGUUUAUUCAGCAUUCACAGGGAGCAGCUAAUUGUCUAUGAAGGGCCCCCGUGUUUAAAUGGGCUUGACAGGAAUUUAAAUUUUGUUUCAAUCAACCCCUGUGCUCACAGCCUGCUCCAGUUUCUAAUUUUUAAAUUAAACAUGACUUUUUUUUUUAAGCCACAGCUUUGCCUCUGGAAUACUCUUGCUCUAACUCUGGGGAAGGCAGAUCGGCAACCCUGGAAUGCUGGUUUAUGCAGGGCGUGUGGCACCAGCUCUGCACUGGAAAGUCGUUUCUCCAAAACAAGACUUCCUCCCCCCUGUCAGGGAGGUCAGCAGAGCUUCGGCUGGGCGCUGUCUCCUUCCUGCCUUCAGAAAUGGCCCCCUUUUCAGCUCUCCUGUGCAGGCAGCAGUGCUGCAUCAUCUGGAAAGUGGGUUAAGCACCAAAGGAAGGUGUAAGGAUGGCUUUUAGGGGACCGGCUGAAUUAUAACCUCUGCACGUCUGGUGCAGAUUUGUAUUUCAGAAGCCUUUUCUACUGUUGUGAGACAGGGAGAGAAGCCGAUGUGGGAAUCACAGAUGUGCAUUUCAGUCUGCACUCGCCAUUUUUAUGUCUUAGCGUCCACUCUGUGCCCAGUAUCCUGCCUGACGCCAAGGAGGCAGCAUGUCAGCCUCAAGUCCUGACCCCCCAGCCAUCUCACAGUCCAGUGAGGAAGGUGAGGGUAGACACAACCAAGCACAGGAUAGAAUGCGAGAAUCGCCAGAGACCCUCCCUCACCUUCUCCUCCUACCUUCGCCUACCCGUUCACCUCAGGCCACUCCUGUGGAGUCCUGUGCUCCAAACUCUGGCAGUCCCCAGACGUGUGAGGCGUCCUCAUACAGUCAUGUCUUUGCUUGUGCUGUCUCCUCACCACCAGAUGGUGAACUUCUACUCCACCUCUGAGACCCAACUGGCACAACCUCUGUGAAGUUUUCCUAAGCGUGCUUCAGUUGGGUUGAGGACUUCCUUUUGCAUGUCCCCCUUCACCCUGACUAAUACUUCUAUUAGUGCACUCCUCGCACUUUGUGGCAGUAACUUGUGGUAACAGUCAAUAAAGGAGACCACAAUCCCUCGAGGAAGAGAUCAUGUCUUAUCUUUGUAUCCUUAGCGUCUAGCCCAGUCUCCAGCCUGAGUAGAAUGCUGAAAUAAAUGGUCAUUGAAUUAAAAUGAUAUGAAUUUAACAGGUGAAAUGAAUUUCCAUUAGGGGUGUCUGGGGAGGCUUUGAGAAUGGAGUGACAGGUGAGCUGGGACCCACGGACAUUUGGGUAUUUAUGUGAGAAUAUUUUCUGCACACACGUGUGAAAGGCAGCUUGUGUCAUAAGGAAAAGUACCAGAGCCUCUAAUAGCCACACUAGCCAGUAUUCAUACUACAAUUUAUUUUCUCUAAACAAACUUGAAGAGAUUGAAGUAACAGUUGCACCUAACUUGGGGCUGAAGAUGAAUCCAGAAAGGAUCCUGUUUUAUAAUCUUUAGAAAAUGGAUUUAUUAUAUAAGAGAAAACAUUUUAAACAGGUUAGAGCAUUCUUUCAUCUAAGUUAUCUCAUUUGACCUUCACAUGAACACUAUAAGGAUUAUUCUUACUCCCAUUUUAUUGAUGCAUAAACUGGGGCUCAGAGAGGUUAAUUUCCUUGCCUAGAGUCACACAGCCAGGAAGAACACAGGACUGUCCUACUGCACAACAUCAGAGCUAUACCCAUUGUUGCAUAGUAGGCAGAGGAUUGUUAUUGUGGUUUAGAGAAUUUCCACUAAGUCAAACUAUUUCUUGCAGUUAGAAAAAUAAAGCUAAAUACAAAUACAGGACCAUGCAGAGAAACUUACAGGAUUUCAGCAGCCAGAGCCCUGGUAGGUUGCUUUGCUCAACUCCCUCCCUAUGGUCACUUCCACCUUGAUGCCACAGGCUGCAUCCGCAGGGCCAUGGUCGAGGCAGAGAGCAGAUGGCUGCACACACUCUCCACCCAUCCCCAGGUGGCGGGGGGCCUGGUUGAAGCCCGAACCUCAGUAGAGACAAAACACAAAAGAGAAAGUAAUUACCAACAGUUUGCCCUGGUCUGUUAAUUGGUUAUCUGAGGGGAGGCUGCGAGAAUUUAUGUAAUCAUUGUUGUUUUGGUUUUGGCAAAAACUGAGGGCAGAGUGUGUCCUGACAGCUGUCUGGUCACAAACCUUUCCACCUUUCCACUUCUGCCAUCAUGGGUAUAGAAAUGGGCAGCUUCCAAGAGAUGAUGUUCCUCGAGUUUGGGAGAAAUUACCUUUAACUCAACAAACUUUUUACUGAGCACAUUCUAUGUGCAGAGGUGUUACAGUUUAGCUAACUCGGAGUAUGGGCUGUGCCCCAAUGGUAGUUUGUUUGUUGUUGUUUUUUUCCCUGAGACAGGGUCUUACUGUGUCACCUAGGCUGGAGUGCAGUGACACGAUC